AUGGCUCUCAGCAUUCCAGAACAAAAGCGAGUGAUCUCGCCGCCAUGCAUCAUCUCUGUUUGGGCAUUACUGAGUUUGCGAGCAUCAUCUACUCAAGUCUGCCCUUACGAAGGAGGUUACUCGCUUCGAGUCGAUGCAGCCGUCUGCCCGUCCUUGGCACCUCAACUCUGUGGGAGUGGUGCACAACCACGAUGUUGUCCGCAAGGUGUGGACUGUGGCGGUGUCGAUCCCGAAUUCGGCAAUUGGUGCUGUCAGAGUGGAUCAAACCGCAGUCAAGACGCAAUGGACAUGCCAAAGUGCUCUGACCCGGAUUGGAUACUUUACGGGAAAGGGGGCCUCGUCAACUCAGGCGCUUGGUGCUGUACUACCGGCUACAAAGGGCUCAUACAAGAGGAUAACGCUGUGGGAUGCACAGCAGAAAGUCAAACUGUACUAUCAUCAGGAUGGGCCUUUGCGCCCCUUGUUCAGACAAUAUCCUGCGUGUCUGCGACUGCCUCUGCGACUACCUCGAUCUCCAUUACGCAAUCACAGACAGCGACAGCCUCACUGGCGACUGCAUCAUCCACGUCAGUUUCAAAUUAUCAGGGAAAUUCUCAGCUCAAACCGGGCGAGAUUGCCGGUGUUACGAUUGGAGCAGUGGGCCUCCUGGCACUCAUUGGCCUGGUUUUCGUCUUGUGGAAGAGGAAGCAGACACCGAAAACAAUCAGUCCAGAGACAGCAGAUCGAUCAAAGUCACCGCAAACGGAGAAUAUAGCAGCCGGCACCUCUGAUGCUCCCCCUGUAUCUGUAGCGCCGCCAGAAUUAGGGAGCGACCCGUUGCCACCUCGAGAAUUGGGGAAUGGAGAGCGCAGACCAGUGGCUCACGAGCUGCCGCACUCCAAUCAAUAUUGA